AUGGCUGCUCCAAAACAAAAAUGUCAAAUUGUAGGCUCACGUACAAGGCAGCAAGUUGGCCAAGAAACAAAAUCAAAGUGCAUUCGGAUCGUCGAUUUGCCCAAUGAUUCAAUUCAUUUUUCACCAGUGGACCAGUGCAGAAAGAAACCAGCAAACAAACCACGGAAAUUUCCUACUAAUUCCGUCACACCCCAGACAUGCGGGACCAAAGUCAAAACCUCCUUGGGGGUCAUCCCAUUGCUUAAGCCUAUGAAAACUCUUGAACAUUCAAUUUGCUCACAAAAAGAAUCAAAGAAACCAGCCCAAGGAGCCUCGGAAGAUAUUAUUGAAUCAUACUCUGAAGCUGAAGGGAAAGACGCUCCAAUCCAAUCAGAGAGUAUCAACUCAAUCCCUGAUGAUUACAGCCAAUUCAAGGCCGACCUUGAAGCUGAACCCACCUUGUACCAUGACUCUGAGGAGGAGGACAAAAUUCUAACAUCGUCCCAAUCUUCUGAUCAUAACUUGGAAAUGAAGAUAACAAAAGUGCCAUCGGGCAGAGAAUUUAAUCACUUGGCGAGCGGCUCUUUCUCAGAGGCUCAGAACAAGGAAUCAGGCAAGAACCAAAAAUCCCAAACAAUAUUUCGGAAAAAAUUUAAUGAAGUGCAGACGGAGGCUCUUGAAGGUUCGAAUCCAAAAACCGCAUUGAAGUUCAAAGUCUCACCCACCAAACAUUGGCUGGAGGGUGACUCCUUUUCACCAAAAACCCAUGCAUCCUCCCAGAGUCCUACUUUUGACUCAGAUAUCCGUGCCAAGCCUUGCAAAAAUUUCACCAACUCCAAAGAGCCAAAGGGAAAAAAGCGCCAAAUCUCUGAGUCCUUGAAAAUGUCUGAUAUGCGCCCGCAAUUCGCCGUACAGAAGGAUGAAAUCAGUUCCAGUUCAAAAAUGAAAAAACUAACCAAACCUUCGAUCCCAUCUGUCUUUGCUGGCCUGAAAAAAACAGUCAAAACCAGAUCGUCUGCCAGACUGACUGCUAGAAAGAUAUCCAAUCCAUUUGAAGACGGUCAAAGACCCUUGACAAUUGCUGAGGCCAGUGGCUCAAAGGGCUUGGGGGGAGCAGCAGACAGGGGUGUUGCUCCGAGUCCUCAUUUAUCUAGAAUACAAUUGGGGCCCUCUGAGAGCAGCAAGGAAUUUCUGAGGAACCCUGAUGAUCCGAUCCAAGCAAAACACCUUAGGUUUGAGUUCCCUUGGAAUGAUCUUGCACGACCAAAUGCCAGCCAAUCCAGAACAGACAAAAGUGGCCUUUUGAAAAGGGAUUCUCAACCUCUGGCUGAGGAGGCUCAAACUAGGGACAGCAAACAGAGGAAGUUUCAAUCCCACAUCCUGAACACCAAAAACAAUCUGUUCAAGUCAGCAGCUCCAAAAACAAGUACACAGUCUCGGUUCAACCCCAAGGGUUUAAUUGACGUUAAUUAUCUUUCUGAAUUACCCUUGCAUUAUUCUUAUUUUGAAGUCAGUAAAAUGCACUUCACUUUAUGA